GUUAUCCUUCAUUUGCAUAAACUGUGCACAUCACGGUGGACCCACUUUUCUGUUCCUUCAAUUCUCUUCUUUUUUAAAACAAAAAUACCUGAAGAAGUCGGAGUUGUGAGGAGGAUUUGAAGCGUCUGCGAUGCCGACCGCCGCCGUCUCCACCAGCGCCACGGCCGUCGGCGCCAAGGGCUCCCUCUCCAAGAAAGGCUCGAAGAAAACGGCGAUGAAAAUGUCCAGGAAGGGCGACAGGAAGCACAGGCGGAGCAGGAAGGAGAGCUACAGCAUCUACAUCUACAAGGUGCUGAAGCAGGUCCACCCGGACACCGGCAUUUCCUCCAAGGCCAUGAGUGUCAUCAACUCGCUCGUCAGCGACAUCUUCGAGCGGGUGGCCGGCGAGGCUUCCCGCCUGGUCCAUUACACCCGGCGGCAGACCAUCUCCUCCCGGGAGAUCCAGAGCGCCGUCCGCCUCCUGCUGCCGGGGGAACUGGCCAAACACGCCGUCUCCGAGGGCACCAAGGCGGUCACCAAGUACACCAGCUCCAAGUAGAG